AUGGCGGAAGUUGACAAAGCAUGCUGCUCUCUCCCAGCAGUUACAACGCAUGAUUACAAGCCCAAUGGCACCUACACUAAGCUCGCAGGUCUCGAUGUCUAUCAAACGGGCCCACCCAACUCCACCCGCGCCCUCAUAGCCGUCUACGACGUCUUCGGCUCCACACCCCAAACUCUACAAGGCGCCGACUUACUCUCCCAUUCCCUCGAUGCUCUUGUUCUAGUGCCCGAUUUCUUCAAAGGGAAACCGCUGCCGCUGAGUCUCUACCCGCCGGACACGGAUGAGAAAAAGAAAAUUGCCGGCGAGUUCAUGCAGGGAACUGCGAAUAUUGACGUGAAUUCAAAGACAUUGGGAAAGAUGGUGGUGGAGGCGAAGGGUGCAUAUGGGGAUGUAAAAUGCUGGGGAUGCUAUGGGUUGUGCUGGGGUGGGAAACUUGCUGUGUUGAAUUCUGGUGCAGGGACGGAGUUCAAAGCUGCUGGCACGGCGCAUCCUGGCCGUCUUGUGAAAGAAGACGCCGAGAAGCUGACCAUACCGUUCAUCUGCCUUUUCUCCAAAGAAGACGGAACGCCAGAAUUGAUGCAAGAGUACGGGCAGGCACUGGAGAAGAACGAUGAGAAUGUGGUAGAGAAGUACGGCUCUAUGCAUCACGGAUGGAUGGGUGCAAGAGCAAACCUGGGUGACAAAGAGAACUUGAAGGAGUUCGAGAGAGGGUAUACCCAGCUGGCUGGAUUCUUUUCCAAGCAUCUGUGA